UUUGGGUCGGAAGUAAACAAACUCGCGGGAAUAUGCAAUCGACAGCAAAAAUAUCAUGCCAGAAAAUAGAAAAAAAUAGGUGAUAUGGAAUAUACUUCAAGAUGAAUUAUGGAUGAGGAAGAUUUUGAAUACAUACCUUUAAUGAAAAAGAAGAAAAAGAAUUUGGUCACAGAAGACAAAAAGAAAAAGGAAGAAAACACAAAAAAAUUAUCAAGAAAUCAAAAAAGAGACAAGAAUAAGGCUCAAAAUAAGGUAGAGUCCACUCCUUCAAAAUCUCAGGGAACCACUAGACAGAAGAGAAAGACACCGAAGAGCAAAACUCCAAAAAGAGAAAGAAAGAAGUAUGAUGGAUAUUGUCCUGCUUGUCAGAUGCCAUUUUCUGCCUUAGUGAUAGAAACUCCUACCUGGCAUGCAUCAGAAUGUAUAGAUAACUAUAAACCUGAAUCAGAAUGUUCUGAAGGAGCAGACUGUGAUUGUACAAUACAAAGCCAUUUUUGGAGGUUUAGUCAUAAACAGUUGGCCGAAUACAGACAAAGAAAAACAAGAGCUGACCAGAUAGAAAAACAAAAGAAAGGCAAAACUAGACUUAACUUUAAAGGAAGUCAAACUUGUUCAGAAACACAUUUUGAAUUGUCUGAAAGUGCAAAGAGCAGUAGCUUAUCUAUUGAAAAUAGAUCUACCUCAUCACAAAUUGUCACAAACAAUACCUCUAGUAACUCACAAGUAGUCAUUAAUAUAUGUAGUCCAUCUAAACCUCGGUCAUCACAUGACGACACUGAGGAUACUGUUGCAGUCACAAACAAUACCUCAAGUCACUCCCCAGAAGUCAUGAAUAUAUGUAGUCCAUCUAAAUCUAAGUCUUCACAAGAUGUCACAAACAAUACCUCUAAUAACUCCCAAGCAGUCAUAAACAAAUGUAGUCCAUCUAAUUCCAAGUCAUCACAAGAUGUUUUAGAAGAUGAUGGCGAAGUGAAAAGUCCAAGAGAUUUAACAAGUUAUCUUGAAGAGGCAUUCAAAGAGGCAACAUAUUGUUCUCAGAAAAGUGAAAAUGAUUUGAUAACCUGUGAUGAACCGCUAGAAUCGUUAGAACAAUGUGAACAUGAUAUGAUAACCUGUGAUGAACGGCUAGAAUCGUUGGAACAAUGUGAACAUGAUAUGCCAACAAGUGGAAGUCAGCAUGUGAAAUCUGAAAAAGAAAAACAAAUUGGUGUCGAUUCUGGAGAUGAAGAUUCUCAUCUCAGCCAACAACUCUUUGAAGACGAUGAAAAUGAAAUAGUGCAAAGUGGAAAAUCUGUAUCUGAUAUUGAUGCCAGUGAAGACAGUAAUUCUCAGUCAAAGUCUUUUUUUGCCAAUUACAGGAGAAGGAUGGAAAGUGUAGAAAACACCAAUUCUAAUGACUCAGAAAAAUCACAAAAGUUUUGGAAACAAAGCUGUAAAAAAGAGUAUAAGAUUGUGAAUAGUAAGUUGACAUGUCAAAAUUCUGAAAAACUAAAAUUUGAGGGAAACGAAUUUGCUGAUAAGCACCCAAGUGAUGUAGAAUUCAGUAAUAAUGAAAUGACAAGUAAGCUUUCUACUGAUACAGAUCUUUGUAGUAAUGAGCAGAAAGACAAACAUUUAGAUGAUUUAGUCGUACUAGAUACAGACGACACUGAUAGUGAUGUGCAAUAUAUUUCAACCUGUGAUAUUAAAAAAUCUGAUAGUGUUCCUUCCUCUCAGGGAUCAAUAAAUUCUGCUACAAUGACUCGGACAAAAAGUGGAAAAAAGUCUAAAGUUGUUAAUGUAAUCAUGGUAAUGGGAUCAAAUAAAAAAUCUAAAUUAUUAAAACAACAAUCUGAUAUAAAAAAUCAGCCAUCUUUGUUAUCGUUCUUUUCAGGAUCAAGGACAAACAAAGGGUCGAAAGAUAAGACAAAUACAAACACCAGCAAUAAUAAUAUUCCAAAUAGUUCUAACAAUUCUUUGAGUAUUAAGAGUAAAUUAAAUGGAGCUAUUCCUAGUCAGCUGUCCAGUACAGAAUCAUGUGACAAUGUUGUUAGAGAGAAGAAUUUAAACGAAGUUUUAAUGAAUUCUAUGAAAAAGUCAGCAUCAGAACCUUGUAUAGACUUGGGCGCUACCUCAAAAGAUUUUAAAUCAGCAUUAGUGAAAAAUGCAACUGAUAUUUUAAUGAGUUCAGUUAAUAGCAAACAUGUCAAAGAAAAAGAGUCACUUCCGAGGACCAGAAAAAUUAUAACUAAAGAUGACAAAGAGCUACAAAAUGUACUUGGUAUUGAGAAUAGUGGUAAAGGAAACCAGUCAACAAAACCAGUUAGAAAUUGUCCAUUUUACAAAAAAAUACCAGAAACAGGAUUCACAGUAGAUGCCUUCUGUUAUGGCAAUGUCCCAGGAUGCAAAGCUUAUUUCCUGUCACAUUUUCACUAUGACCAUUACAGAGGACUUACCAAAAAAUUUUCCAGUCCAAUUUACUGUAGCAAGGUGACUGGUAACCUCAUCAAAUCAAGGAUCGGAAUCAAUCCAGAUAUAGUCCAUGAUUUACCAAUGAAUACACCAUGCACUGUGGAAGGAACUGAGGUCUUACUCCUAGAAGCUAACCAUUGUCCAGGAUCUGUCUUGUUUCUAUUUAAGACACAACAAGGAAGGUUAAUCCUACAUACUGGAGAUUUCAGAGCUGAUCCAUCAAUGGAAGAAAUGAAAUGUCUUCAGAACGUACGAAUACAUCAGUUAUAUUUAGAUACUACAUAUUGUGAUCCGAAGUAUGCAUUUCCACCCCAGAAACUUGUGAUUGAGUUUGGAGUUUCCUUAGUGGAUAAAAUAAUGACAGAGAAACCUAAAACCUUGGUAGUAUGUGGAUCCUAUACAAUUGGGAAAGAGAGGAUAUUUACAGCAAUUGCAAGAAGAUUUGACUGUAAGAUAUGUGUUCAGAGAGACAAGUACAAAGUCCUGGAGUGUUUAGAGGAUCCUGAUCUUUCAGCCAGAUUGACUUUAGAUGCCAAUGAAACAUUUCUCCAUGUUUUACCAAUGGGAAAACUUAAUCUACAAGGCUUACAUGAACAUAGAUCUAAGUUAAGAACAGAUUAUAAUAAUGUGGUAGCCAUAGAACCAACAGGAUGGACUUACAAUGAUAAAAUGGUAUCAUUAGAUCAAAUCAAACCUAAAGGAAAUAAAGAAAUUAAGAUAUAUGGUUUACCAUACAGUGAACAUAGCAGCUAUCUAGAAUUAAAAAGAUUUAUACAGUAUAUCAGACCUGAUCAAAUAUUGCCAACUGUAAACAAUGGUAAUCCAGCUACUCGUAGGAAGAUGGAAUCGAUAUUUGAAUCAUGGAUGACGGAAGACAAGGCAGAAAAUAAACCAAAGCAGACGAAGAUUGGAGCUUGGGCAAAGUAACACUUAUUGAAGGAUAAUACAAAAUAAAAAGUUGAUAUAAAGGAUGUUGAAGAAAACUUGUCUGCAGGACAAUGAAAGACAGAAAUAAAACCAUGUAGACGACAAUGUAAGAAUGGACAAAGUAAAAUUUAUAUAGCACAAGAUAGAAACAAAGUCAAAGAGAACAUGACAUCUUAAGAAUAGCAAAGUAACAUUCCUGCAAGACAAAACAAAAAAUGGUCCUAAGCAGAGAACAGUUGGUGCUUUACAAAAUAAGUUUUGUGGAAAAUCCAGAAAAUUAUUGCCAUUGUUAAUUGUAACAUGGAGUAGUGACCAAUAAGGGGGGAUACUACCUUCAAUGCCAAUUUAAUGAAAAAUGCUGUCAUUUGUCUACUCUUUUAUUUAAAUAUAUAACUGCAUGUAUUUGUUUUCUAUGAAUUAUAUAUUUUUUGUUAUAAAUAUACAUUUUACAAAAGUG